AUGCUCGUUGGCGACCCAAACAACCGCGUGAGCAAGAAUCUAAAAUCCCAAACCUGUUUCCGCUGCUACUCGGCGCCCAAUUUCGGCGGUGACAAUGCUGCGCCCUGCCAGGAUGCUAAACUUGACACUGAGGGGUUUCCCACGAAGCCUUGUCCCGGGGGGAUCAGGAGUAAUAUUCUUUAUCCUACGUACAUGCUGGGACGGCAAGAAUCUCGACUCGCCGGACCACAGGACGCAUGUUGCGUAUCCGAAGGAUGGGCCUGCGCUGUUUAG